AUGAGCGUUAUGAGUGUUUUUAUCCAUGAAGUGGUGAACAGUUGUGAAGGAUUACUGCAGAACAAAAAGUUCUUCAAACGCCUAAUGGAUGCCAGAUUUGACUUGGCACUUGCCAAUGCGAUUGGCUUUUGUACUGUUGGAAUUGUUUAUGCCGCAAAAUUUCCGACGUGGAUAUGGAUGAACAACGGACCAUUGAUUGAUUAUGUUGCAAACGCUGUCGGAGUUCCUUCCAUCAGCAGCUACAUUCCAUGUGCCAAUUCUUCGUCUCACUUAUUUCAGCGAUGA